UACCUACAAUACUGGCCAUUUUUUGAGAGACAAUUUUUUUCUCUCUUAAGCAUACCCGUACAGAAUCACAGUUUAGGAGUGUUUACCUUUGAGACACUUCGCAUUGAUUCUUCUACUUGUGGCACUGUCAUGAUGAUAGACCCUGGCAAUCUCAAAAACCGAGAAGCAUGCAUUGAGACAGGGUCCGGUGAGGAGAGACGCUGCUACCUGGUUGGCUUGGUUAAUGAUACCAAUGACCCUUGUGAUGUCAAGCCUUGCCACAAUGGGGGACAAUGCAUCAACACGCCUCCGUCUUACGUCUGUGCGUGUCCAACGCAAUAUUCCGCUAGCGGUAACUGCGAUGAACAAGACACAAGUUCCGUUGAACCAUCUACAUUACUAACUACAUCCGGUGUGGAUCACAGCAGUGUUACCGCUGUCUCCUCAGUUUCUUCUCCCAUGACACCAACAACAGUGUCCCUGAAGUGCGCCAUCCUCAACUGUUCUGCGGAUGCCUUAUGUACACUGAUCCAGUCCAAACCAGUGUGUCUGUGUCCCCUUGGACAAAGUGGUGUUCAGUGUCUGACAAGAAACGAAAACAUCCCUGUCAACUCAGAUGCUGAUCAAUUAAAUCCUCAUGCAGUAGUACCCACACUACCAUCGGGUCUGCAGAUUACGUGUGACGUAGGCGACACGUGCAAAGUACCGGUCUACGUCAACGGGAACUCAAGAUUCCCUCUCACUGUCAACCGGGGACCUUCUCCCCUGAGGUAGUCACCGCUGUGGCUUCACCAGUAAAUGACAACUCGACUGGCAUUCCUCUUAUGCAGUCAUUGCUGUCUGUGACGCCACAGGAAGCUGGCGAUCAUCACGUGUGCGUGGACGUCAUGGGACCCGAUAUUAACACUGUCGACCACAUCUGCUACUUCAUCACAAGUAGACCCAAAGGAACAUCUGUUAGUCCCACAGGAAACCACAUGAGUGGUCGCUUUUCAGUUGGAACGCCUCCAGACGGCACUACAGUCGUCUGUCACGAGGAUGCGCCUUGUCAUCUGAUCGCCUUGACGCAAACGAAUUCUAGCGGAAGCUGCAUACCGGUGGUGCCAGCAAGUAGCGGUGUGUUCGUCUUCAAAACCAACCCCAGUGACCAGAACACAUGCGGCUCGGAUGUCCUGUUGGUGCCGACCAAUAGCUCACAGAACGUCUGCAUGUCCGUGGGAGCGAAUGGAGAGGUCCGCUGUUUUCAAGUGGAGACUGAAAACAACU